AUGACUACCGCCAAUGCCGCGCGGUCGGGGGCUGCUGCGUCCGCCGACGGCGCGCCCGAUGCCUCUGCCUCGGCCCCGGGCCCCGCCGCGGCGACCGUCGCCCCGGGUGCCAGCGUCCCGAAGAGCGUCUUCGAUGGGAUCAAGCGCCCCGAGCCGGAGGCGUUGCCCAACCGGCCGAGCAAGCGCCUGAAGCAGUCGCUGGCUCACGCGUCCAAGGACGAGUGCGAGGUGUACUAUGAGAAUGGCCUGCGCAAGACCAAGCCCUACACCUUCGACUACCGGUCCAAUGUCAAGGCUCGCUGGAUUGGCCGGACCCUGAUGGACGUUUUCUCCAAGGAGUUCCUGGAUCUGACUCCGGAGUAUGUGGUGCGCUCGUCGAGGCCCGAAAGUCUUGCGUCUCCGGCGCUCACGGUCUGCCUGUCAUCCCCGGUCUUCCUGCUCCUUGUCUUCUCCCUCACUUGCCCCGGCCAGCGCCAUUGA